AUGACCGGCUCCUGCUGUGGUUCCUGCUGUGGCUCCUGCUGCCAGCCCUGCUGCACUCCCAGCUGUGGAGGAGGCUGCUGCCAGCCCUGCUGCUGCCGCGACCCCUGCUGCUGCCGCCCAGUGUCCUGCCAGACCACCGUGUGCCGCCCAGUGACCUGCGUGCCCCACUGCACACGCCCCAUCUGUGAGCCAUGCCGCCGCCCAGUCUGCUGUGACCCCUGCUCCCUGCAGGCCGGCUGCUGCCGCCCCAUCACCUGUUGUCCCACUUCAUGCACGGCUGUGGUUUGCCGUCCUUGCUGCUGGGCCUCCACCUGCUGCCAACCCAUCUCUGUGCAGGCUCCCUGCUGCCGCCCUCCCUGCUGCCAGCCUGCUCCCUGCCGUACCACCUGCAGGACCUCUGAGCCUUGCUGCUGUUGCUGA